AUGCUUGCCCUGAUAGACACCGGGGCGGCUAUCACCAUAAUCAACAAGGAAAUGGCACCUUUACUGGGGAUCUUCCAUUUGCUACCUCCUCAAAUACCGUGCGCACUCGGUAUGGCGGGCGUCCCAGUCAAAUUACUGGGAAGCCAAAGACUGGAAUUCGAAAUUGGUUCUUUUGUCACGACCCAUCUAACGUAUUUUACAGAGGGGGCAGCUAUUUCAAAGUUAGCGGGAGCCUACAACAUAAUCCUCGGUAACGAUUUACUCAGUACCCUACCACGAUGGUACAUUGACUACCAAAAACAUACUUUCCAUUGCGGUAACUUUAUGAUAAGGAUUUUCACAUCCGGAGGCUUAAGCAAUCAAGGGGAGCAGAAAGCGAUUGUCCGCGCAGCAUCAACAACUGUAGUACACCCUGCAUCCGAAACAUUUGUACCUUGCGUCAUCUUUGGUAGGGCAUCCUCUUACAUGCUCAUCAGCCAGAACCUACCAUUAGUGAACAAUACCUUACUGAUAUCACCCGCGGUAGUUUCGGCACCCACUUGCCGGGUGCUCGUCACCAAUCCUACCAACAACCCGCACGUCAUACAUAAAAAUCAGGCGGUAGCGUCCGCUAUCGAAGUCGCAGAAGGCAGCGUGGUAAAUAGUGGGAUAACGCCCACACUAUGCUGUAAUUCCGCCACUGAAAUGAAUAAUACGCACAUGUCACCCUCUACGGAACACGCAAAUGGAGAAAUACCUCGAUUACAAGUCGACCUCUCCGUGGUCGCCGCCGAAGAUGCGGAAAAACAGACACUCCUCGAUCUCUUCCAUGAAUAUAGCGAUAGGUUCUCGUUUUCCUCGUACGAUCUGGGAUCCUAUCACGCCUCACAGAUUCGCACCUACCCCCUCGACGUCACCUCAACAGCCACCCGUCGGCCCAGACAUACAAGCCACGAUUCUUGCGAUAUUACAGGUAAGCAAUCACUUCCGCCACGUAGUGGCACUCCACCGACAAUAUCGUCCCCACAGCAAUCAGUGGAUCUUCCCUCGACCUCACGAGCUCAACCCACCCCACCUAACCCUCUACCAUCCAGACAUGCUCCACAGGGCCAACAGCGUUUCAAUCGACCACAACAGGUAAACGAAUACAGUAGAAAACGUCGUUAUCCGUCAUCACGUAGACAAGAACCAUUUAAGCGCCCUGCUAGAGGGCCUGCGCAAGCCGAAUGGCUACAACGACGAACCCCAGAUGACUAUUGGCACUAUCUAAUGGACAUGCACCCAUGGGCACGCCACGUCAAACCACGGCCACUUCGUCGCGAAGACCUCACCGAAGCUCAGAUCUCCAAUGUCCUGCCGGAGGACACAUACAGACAGGUUCCUCACCUUGGCUACAUGUCAUCAUCUUUUGUACGUUCGUUGUUCCCUCGAGUUCCACCAGACAUGAAACAAGUAUCAACGAUGCUACCCUUCAUCGAGUUUUCAACCCUCGAAGACGCCAUUAUUUUCCGAGAUAAAUCACAGAGAAUGCUAGAAAUAACUCUACGGGGUGACGCGCAACCCGUACCCCAGGAACGGACCAAAGCCCCCAAAGGAGUGCGAUCGUCGAUCCUUUUACCACCCAAACUAAAAGGCAGUUAUCCGGUGCUUUAUCAAGUUGCAGCCAUCGCAUCUAACAGCUUAGUUUUGGAAGCCAAGGAUUUCUUCGUCUUUAUGCCAGACCGCCGCGAACUGCACUGCAUCCUGUUAGACCAGUUCUCCUUCAACAUAGAGAACAACGCGUACGGUUACGACAAAACUUUAGUCUCAAUGAAGGACUUCGUAUGGGUCUACGAUGUUUCUCCCACCAUAACGGCACUGCGUUCCCCUGCACGAUGUCUUCAACUCGCUAGAGAACCGCGCACGGCAGCCCUCGAGAUCAAUUCCGCGUUCUUCUUCCGAGCGGCUAACUUCGCCUUCGUUACCCCAGCCGUCUGGUCGGAACGCCACAGCGCCGUCGUACUGGACCUCGCCCGUAGAGGCGAAUUUCUAGACACUGUUAACAACUUCAAGCUAGCCAUUGAGGGAGCAGGCGAAGCAGUAACAAUCACGAAGUCUCUGUGUAAGUUCGAGUGGCCGCAGGUCCAAGAAGACGAGAUCCUCUUCACUCAGAGUCGACGUCAAGUAUCCUGUGCAGUACGCUUCUCGGAACCCCCAGCAUCCCUGACGGCACGAGACUGGUUGUGCAGACAAGUGGAAUACUUCUUCCCCGCGUAUCCGGAUGAGGGCAUGGCUCCAUUGGCAGUUAUGAAGGCCGAGGAUGAUGAUGCCGAAUGGUUUUGCGACAGAACGGGACCGUUCAACAACCUGAUCGACAAACAUGACCAGGCCAUCAGACGGAUGGGCAAGGUCUACAGCAUGGCUUGUGCUGCUUUGGCCGCCUACACCACAAUGUACGACGACCACAGGACUCACAGAGUAACCGGCACCGUUCCAUCACUGACGUCCUAUCCUUUGCAAAUAGAGAUCACCCUGUCGGAUAUGUCGUCAGAAACCGGAUGGACAAAGCACCGACCUGUUUCCGUAUGGAUCAGAGGCGCGGGACGCUACACCAAGGUCGAAAUCGAAGAGGCCACAUUCUUACCAGAAAGCAGGCAAGUGCGGGUGGUUUUAUCAGCCUACACCCAGACUCACGACACCAUGGUACAAGCAGUACGAGAAGUCGGCCGCAUACUAGGAACCACUGCUUUUCUAGACCUAUAUGUCAAGCUCGCGCGAAUUCCAGAAAAGGCCAAUCCGGCAUUUGAGGCAAUAGCACGAAUGAGGAUUCACGAAGAUCUUCGAGAAGCGGGAGGAGACACUACACUCAUCGACCUCGCCUAUGGAGCGACCACUCUCGGAUGUAUGACGGAAGAAGAGGCAGCGCAAGUGGAAGAAGUCCCAGUCAUCGACACGGUCACAAUCCACGGUCGCCUUCUACACCUUACCAACGACCAACAAGAAGCCCUGGUACUAGGGAAUAGCAGAUACCCAUUAAUCGCGCUGCAAGCAGCCUUUGGAACUGGGAAAACAGUAGUCGGCGCUAGCAUAGCCAUAUAUCAGGCACAACAAGGGCAGAGGGUCAUCGUCACCGCCUCAACGAACACGGCCAUAGCGCAGUUCACAAACACCCUGCUAGGAUUUGCCCAAGCCAACGAUGUCGGAGUAGUCCGGUUUGUCGCCGAGACAAUAGCGUUUGACAUGGACGUCCCGUCAACACCAGUCGACCUCAACGAAGUUCUCAAACGCAUCGGCACAGUCUACGCACCUGUCCUUUCGCGCUCAGAAAGGGAAACGUGCAGACGCUUCGCAGAAGGCAGGAUACGAUACGAAAGAUACAAGCGCGAACGCCGCAUGGACCUUAGUGACCAGGAACGAGAAGAUUUCAUCAUGGCCGAGAGGUACGUAACCUACAACCUGCAGGAGAUGGUGGACAUAUUGUUCAAGCAUAUGAACCCAAAAAUCGUCUGCAUCACCACGGCAUCCCUGCUGAACACCACCGACAAAAAAGGCCUUUUCAGGGGAUACUUGGAUCGUUUCAAUCUCCUGAUCUGCGACGAAGCUUCGCAAGUCCCCGAACCUGUCUUCAUGGCGAUGGUAGCGCGGGUCCCGACGGCAAGGCAUAUCUACAUAGGAGACGUCCACCAACUGCAACUUUACGCCAAAUGCUCGCGCCUACACAAUCUGGCACACCUCGGCGCCCAAAGCAUCAUGGACGUCUUACAGAAGGCACGGGCGGUGCCAGUACGCAACCUCGUUACGACAUUCCGGGCCCAUCCCGACCUUAUCUCCCUACCAAACACCUUGUCCUACGAGGAAAGCCUUGUUAGCGGUGUAACCGCAGCCGACAGACAACUACUACUAAACAUCGUCGACUUCCCGAAUCCUCGUCUACCAUUCAUGUUCAUAAACAUCAACGGAGAGUCGGUCAAAGUCGUACACUCUCACUAUAAUGAGUUCGAGCAGAAAGUGUGCCAAUUCCUCGUCACUACCUUAAUCAGCAAGGGGAUCGCGUCAGCGGACAUCGUGAUAAUCUGUUUCUACAAAGAGCAACAGCGACGCCUUGCAGGAUUUGCCGCACGAUCAGGAGGGCUAAGAAAAGAAGAGAGCGUCGCAGUCGGAGAAGCUGAGAUGGAGCUGAUACGGCGCGGGCAACUUAAGGAGGCGAGAACGAACAAGAGAGGGGAUGCCACCAUCUGGAGCGGUACGCUCACCACCCGACGUCGACCUCUGCUGCUCAUCAUACCGAUUCACACCUUUCUCGUCAAUAAAUCUGAUCUUCCACUAUUCGCUUAUUUUCCUAAUAAAUAA